GUUCAUCAUUAAGUUGUUCUAUUUUAUAAGUAAAAUUCAAUGUAAAGCAUGUAAACAAAGGCAUCUACCGUAGAGGACCUCCUUCUGGUUUUCUAUUUUACUCUGGUUUUCCAUGCAAGCAUGAGGAGUGUUGCGAUUGCGGGGACGCCAAAGCCUGGAACACUGCUGGUUGCAAACAACACCGUCCUCCACCAGCGCUACUUUCCGAAAACGCCACGCAUUACCCAGGCAAUCCUUUUGAAGCCAUCCACGCCAGCCGCCGCAGAUGCACACUGCCACCUUGGCCGUUGUGGUCGGAGCCGCCGUACACAGCCUUUUCAAUACCGUCAAGUGCGCCGGGAUUGGCACCAAUCCUGUACAGUGGAGACAACAAUGGGCCGUUGAGGUGGUCAAAAUUGCCAAUGGCAUCGUGCAUCCCAAAGAUUACGCCCGCAUCCAACCCAAGGAGCGUCGCGGCAAUGACGACAACAGCAACCCCACAAUAUUGACCCGCCCGUUUCUCUGUCCACCUUCUGGGUGGAGGUCACCACCACCCCUGCCUUCCCAACCGGAUUUCAUUUGCAACUACAACUCCACAAUGAUAACCGUGCAGAACACGUUGACGGCAUUGGUGUACGCGUUUGAUACCGCUUCGCAGAAACAGCAAGAGGCGGACCGGAUCACGUCAAGUCUCUUUCUGCUUUGCUUGCCUGGCUUGCAACUGGUCAGCGGCGUCGGCACGAUUUGUCUGGAUCAACUCGAGGCACGUCAGUAUGAUUUUGAACAUACGGCUUCCGGGAUGGAUGAUGCGGAAGAAGAUUUCGUCCAUCAGCCGUCGAACGAUAGCUUGUUGCCGGCCUUGACGUACGUGGCGGGAGACCAUCCUCUCAUGACAUCCUUACUAGCGGCUCCGGACGACUGCUUUUGGAUUCCCGGUCGACCCGUCACAAGCGGCUGCCGCAUAUGCUGUGCAAUUUAGAUUACGUUAUUGAGACACUCGGUACUGCGAUUCGACUUCUCUUACCACGACGCUUUCUGGUAUAUCACGGGCCACGUAUGGAGCCCACACACAUUGUGAUUCACUUGUGCCAAGUACUGACUGCAUCAAACCAACAGCUACUGAUGCCAAUGCAUGAGGAAUAUACUCUACACAAUCAUAGACAAAUAUAAAGGAAAAAAUGCUAAAUGGUUGUGUUACUUAAGAGGUACUUCGCGCUC